AUGCCGUCUCUAGCAGACCAAAGCUUCAGCAUGUUCCCCCAGCAGCAGCAGGAGGAAUACUCUCACUUCACCGAAGCCACUCACGGCCCCGUCUUCUCCUCCGCGACCAUGGACAUGGGCAUCCCCGCCGAUGCCUUUGUCUCGUACGUGCAGCGCGCGCCCAGCCAGGAGCACUACAGCACCAGCCCCAGCACCAUCAGCUUCGAAUACACCACCGACCCGGCGUCCACCUCUGCCUACAUGAUGAGCAACGGCCCUACCUCACCGGGCGUGUACGGCGACGACUACCUCUCCAGCCUGUCCACCGGCUCUGCAUCUUCAUCUGCCGUUGGAUCUCCUCUGUCAAACCACGGCCAGACUGGCAUGGAUUGGACCGUUCAGGGUGGCCUCAACAUCCAGCCUAGCAUUGCCGGCGAAUACCUCGACUACUCUGCCUUUCAUGGAUUGGAGGAUGUGGCUGCCUAUGAUUUCAACGCCAUGGCAUCCGCCAAGUCCUAUGUUGAUCCCUCUUUGAUUCACCCGGAGAUCUCCAGACCGCCAAUGGCGAUAUCUCCGUUUGAGACACACUACCAGCCCGCAGUUCAUUAUCCCUCCUCACCCUCUGCCAUCUCUGCUCCUUCUCCCCAGCCCCAUAUGAUCCGCACCAGCAGCUCAUCGCCAUAUCUGCAGAGCGGUUCCUUCCAGCCCGGCUUUGCUGCUAGCCCGUAUGCGGCCUCCGCCGCAAACUCCAUGUCUAACGGUGCGGGUGUUGGUGCUCGCCGCCUGAGCAUGAGCAAGACUGGCGGCAGCAACAACUUCAUUUCAGCCGGCUCCGCCGACUACCACAGCGGCGAUGAGACCAAGGAGAAGCAGCGAUGCACCUAUCCCGAGUGCGGCAAGACCUUCAAGGAUCUCAAGGCCCACAUGCUCACCCAUCAGACUGAGCGCCCUGAGAAGUGCCCCAUCACGACAUGCGAGUACCACAUUAAGGGGUUUGCUCGCAAGUAUGACAAGAACCGUCACACCCUGACGCACUACAAGGGCAACAUGGUCUGUGGCUUCUGCCCCGGAUCUGGUUCUGCCUCCGAGAAGUCGUUUAACCGCGCCGACGUCUUCAAGCGACACCUCACUUCUGUUCACAAUGUUGAGCAGACUCCCCCCAACAGCCGUAAGAGGACUGGCGGUGCGCCAAUGACCCUCGCCGGCUAUGCUGCCGAUGCCACUGGCAAGUGCAGCACUUGCUCGCAGACCUUUAACAACGCCCAGGACUUUUAUGAGCACUUGGACGACUGCGUGCUGCGCAUGGUUCAGCAGGAAGACCCCGCCGAGGCCAUCAACGCUAAGCGCCUGGCUGAGGUUGCUGACGACAAGAACGUCCACCAGACUUUGGAGAAGAACAAGCUGCCUAUUACCACCCAGACCACUCAGACCGAAGAAUCUGAGGAUGACGAUGAGAUGAUGGAUGAUGAUGAGGAUGACAUGGCCAACAUGACUACUUACUCGCCCUCGAAGAAGAAUGCUUCUCUCAACCGCAUUUCCAAGUCUCGCGGCGUUACUCACUCCCGUGGCGGUGUUCCCCUUUCUGCCAAGCGUAGCCGCAACAAGCGCCGCGACUAUCCCUCCUCUUGGGGCUUCAACAAGGGCCAGAUGACGAUGAAGAAGCGCGUCAUGGCUGUCUUUGACGGCCCUCGACGCCUUGCCAAGGAUGAUAUGAUGCUCUCUACCGACCACGAGGUCCGCAUCAAGCUCUCGGACGGCAAGUCUUAUGUCACAGACCUUGACGUCCAGACCUUGAAGCGCGCCGAGGGCUUCCACAAUGCCUCUGAUGCGGAGAAGGGCCCUUGGAUCUCCGAUGACCCCACUGAGGAGCAGUUGAAGGAGAUGCAAGAGACGCAGCGGAUGCUGGACACCGGUGCUUCUGACUUGUAA